AUGGCAGAAGGCCGCAAGGAGUACGUGUGGUACCCGGCGGAAGACAAAGAAGAGUGGCGCUUGUGUCAGCUGCUGAGCAGGACACCUGGAGGCGGCACCAGUCUACGCUUCAAUGAGAAGGAUGUAUUGGUCCCUCCUGAGGAGGUGCGCUCGAUUUGCCCCCGAGAUGGACCCAAUCCGCAGAAUCUGGCGAUGCUGGACAAAGACGGACUUGGAGAUAGGCGCGUAGAAGAUGCAAUCCGCAAUCAAUUCUGCAACCAGAACCCGUACUCCAACAUCAACGACAUCACGCUUUGUGUCAAUCCCUUCAGACCCCUUCCAAUCUUUGAUGAGACCUUCAUUGACAAGUAUGCAACACUGGAUCCAGGCCUGCCUCCGCAUAUUUUCAAUGCAUCUGCCAAAGCGUACCAGAGAAGUAUGUCGAAGAAGGAGAACCAGGUGCUCUUCCUCAUGGGUGAUCGAUGUUCUGGCAAGUCCAAAGCUUUGGAACACCUCCUAUGCUUUUUGGGACAGACAGCUGGUGAUGGAGAAGAGGAGUUCAAGCAGAUGCUUUCAGUGGUUGGUCCAUUCCUCUCAAUCACGUCUUCCUACGACCGGCUUUCGUGGCUCUCGACCCGCGCCAUGCUGGAGGUGGAUCUGGGCUUUGCCGCAGAUGGCUUCAUUUGCCGCACCCAGCUGAAGGUCCGCUGCCUCGAAGCCGACCGCGUGGCCGACCGCGCGGGGGCGAAGAACUUCGACGCGCUGUAUCUCGCAGCCAAGGAUGACGGAGCCAAGAAGUGGCUGGGCGACAGUAUUGAGUUUCGACUCCUGGGUGACGAGAUUGACUUCGAAGAGUACGAUGAGCAGGGUACCGCGCAGACGUGCUGGAAAGAGGCCUUGGAUAGCUUUGCGAUCGAUGAUGCCGAGCUGGUUCGGGUCCUUUGCAGUCUGAUACUUCUGGGAGAGCUGGGCUUUACGGACGAUCUGCAGUGCGAGUCGCAAGGGUCCUUGGACGCUGCGGCCAAUGCUUUGGGCGUGAAUUCUGGCGCGCUGCUGGGAGCCUUGUUGAGCGGUGUUCAAGAUGCUCAGCAAGCAAUACAAAGACGAGAUGCUGCCUUGGAGGGUCUUUAUCGGCGCGUGACCGAUCUGGUUCUGCGUUUGAUGAAUGCACAUUUGCAGGGCGACUCCAAGGCCAUCAGCCAAAGCAUGAAGAUCAUCGAGCUUCCUUCCAAGGAUCCCACAGUCACUGGCUUUCACAGCCUGCUGCUGCAGAGCCUGUCCGAGGCAUGCUACAGCCGUUUGCUACAUGCCUGUAAAUCCGACGAGACAGGUGACCUGCGUGAUGAGUCAUACCAGCAGGCACGUUAUGCAGAGGAACUAUGCGAAGAAUUGAUGGAUGCCAUUCAAGGCAAAGACGUGGCUGGAGCACAGGCUUGGGCCAAGGCCAAAAGUCAAGCUGAAGAUCUGCUUCAUGUCGAGGGAGAGGCAGCGACUAUCAGUGGGGCCUGUGGAGAUGUGAAGCAUCUUCUGACCAAAGGUUUCCUUGCGGCUGCCAACGCCCAGACACCUCCGGAAAUUCUGCAAGUCCUGAAACAGUCCAGCUGCAAGUUCUGGCGAGAGAUCGUGGAUCAUGCUGACGGCCUUUCUGGCACCCCUGCAGCCAAAGAGGCUCUAACCUUCCUGGACGAGAGCUUUUGUGGAGAGGCCAAGACCUGGCUCCUGUGCUGCUUACGGCCCAACGACUUCGGGAAAGCCGAUCGCAUGAACCGGCAGUUGAUGCUUCAGCAGGUGAAGAAGAUGAGACUGGCUGACGCGGUGCAUUUGUCAGGUGGAUACUCCAUUAUUUGGCCUUUGAAAUCCUUUCGGGCCCAAUAUGCCACCUUGGCUCCAACCUUAAAUGAUUCCAUGAGUGACGAAGAUGCCUGCCGCUUGCUGGUGAAAUCUGCCGGUGGAGGGGAAGGAACCGUUGGCAAGGAGAAUGUGUAUGGUGGAGAGAUCCUCGAGAAGCUCAUGGAGCAUAAGCUCGAACAGCAUUUUGAGUCAAUCUCGAAGAGUUCACCUGGAACUCGGAAAAGACGGCUAGGAUCGAUGGCCAUGGUUCACCUCUUGCGAUUCGUGCUGAUUGCCAUGGUUUGCUUGCAACGUUCCAUGGCAUGUUCCAACUUUGCCAUGCAGAACUCCUUUGGCAUCUCCGUUCGCACCAUGGACUUGGGGGACAUUGUUGGUCUUAGUUGGACGAUUUUGGCUGUGCCGGCCAAGGAUUCCAAGCAUGGCUUCCUUGGUUUUGCAGCCACUCUGGCUGGAAUCCCAAAUGAUAACUGGCUCUUUGCUGGAAUUAACGAUGCCGGCCUCAGCUGUGAUGCACAAACCCUCCUAGGCACAGAGUACCCCAACAUAUCAUUUGAUGCACCGGAUGCACUAGAUGCUUUGCAUCUUUGUCGAUGGGCACUGGAAAGCUUUGGCAACCUGCAUGACUUGGAAGUUGGACUGCAGCGAAGCAAGUUCACCCGGCCCAAGGGCCCAGAGGCAUUCUUUGGAGGCCUUCAUUGGGUCUUGCGCGAUGCCCAUCAGGGCAUUGUGGUGGAGUUCCUUGAUGGUCAGUUGAAGACUUACAGGGACCCCAAUGAUGGGGAGAGCGGCUUUGGCAUCAUGACCAAUGAGCCGUCUUACCAGUGGCACUUGCAAGCUGUGAAGCACCUGCAGUGGAAGGAGUCCCUGGCUCGGACGGCUGUGAGCAUGCCUGGAAGCUGGUAUCCAGAUGAGCGAUUUCAGCGCAUCUUCCUGGUAAAGAGGGGUAUGCCAAAGCCCACGGACUACCAGGAAGCAAUGAUGCAGGCCGUACAUGUGCUGAAUACUGUCACUGUACCAAUGGGCCUGCAAUUGGGUACAGAUUCUGGAAAGCAUUCUGGUGAGGGGACAUCUGAUCACACACAAUGGGGCGUGAUCUAUGACCAUGUGAAUCGCCUUGUUUACUGGAGGCACUCCAGGAAUCAGAACCUACAGAGGCUAGACUUGCAGAAGCUGCUGGCGCUCGGGCAGAGAAAGCUGGAAGAGUUGCAGGUUGGAGCACAACACCUGGAGGGCACCAAAUCAGAGAUGAAACUUCUCAUGGAGCAAAAGCUGGAAGCCGAGAAGUUGCGCGCCAAAGAGCAGGAACUGCAAUUGGAAAGUCAGCGCUUAGCGCAAGAGAAGGCUCAGCAGGAAAUCGAGAGCAUCCGUGGCAAGCAUGAAGAUGCGCAGCAACAGCAGCAACAGAUGCUGCAGAAACUUCAAGAACAACAACUGGAGCUCCAGAGACAGCAGCAAGAGCAAAUGGAGGCCUUGCGGGCACAACAGCAGGCUGAGCUGGAGCGCUUGAGGAAGCAGCAAGAAGAUGCGUCAGUGGCAGCUACCGCAGCAGAAACUGUGGAACCUGUGGAGCUGUCAGAUGUAGCAGAUGUGCGUUCUCACCAUGAGCCACAGCCGUCCAGGUCGGCGGAGGACGUUCUCGAUGCGCCACAUCAUGCUUGGCCGGUUUGGCACUCCCAACACAAGGGUAUGGAGAGGCGGCACUUCCCCGCCAUGCACACGGCCCUCUCACAGAUGGCAGCCAUUUUGAGAGUUGCCAAAGAACGUGAGCAGUGCAUGAUGGAGUAUGCACUGUUUCAUCAAGAGACGUUGGAUGAUUUGAAGGCUGAGUGGACACCUCAGUGGGGAUCCGACUUGCCAGCGGACUGGCUCGUCUUUUGGGAAGGCGAUCAGUUGACAACAUUUGACAACACCCGUUGA